GUCGUUUCCCUUUUCGUGGUUAGCUAGCUCGCAGAACUGUAUCUGUGGGUUAGCUUCACGCUCGCGUCGGGUCUUGAACAAAACAUCUGACUCUCGAUCAGUGGGAAGGAAUACUGACACGAAGAGGUAGCAACAGAAAUGUCAUUUAUAUUUGACUGGAUCUACCGAGGAUUUAGCAGCGUGCUUCAGCUUUUAGGUUUAUAUCGAAAAUCAGGGAAGCUGGUAUUCCUGGGUUUGGAUAAUGCUGGAAAAACGACACUACUACACAUGCUCAAGGACGAUAGACUUGGACAGCAUGUCCCCACAUUACACCCAACGUCGGAGGAGCUGACCAUCGCUGGAAUGACGUUCACUACGUUUGACCUUGGCGGUCACGCACAAGCGAGAAGGGUCUGGAAGAAUUACCUGCCCGCUAUAAACGGAAUCGUUUUUCUGGUGGACUGUGCAGAUCACGAACGCCUCGCUGAAUCGAAGGUUGAACUGGAUGCGUUACUGACGGACGAGACCAUCUCCACGGUGCCCAUCCUCAUCCUGGGGAAUAAGAUCGACCGGCCGGAGGCUGUCAGUGAGGACGGGCUGAGGCUCAUGUUCGGGCUCCACGGCCACACCACUGGGAAGGGGAGCGUGUCGCUGAAGGACCUGAACCUGCGGCCCAUGGAGGUGUUCAUGUGCAGCGUGCUGAAGAGGCAGGGCUACGGCGAGGGCUUCCGCUGGCUCUCGCAGUACAUCGACUGACCGCGCCCAGAACCCCACCGGACCCUGCGUCACGAGACCGCUCCUGCCCUCCUCCAGAACCCGGACCUGACGACGAGGGCUGGGAAGUGUUUAUUUACCGAGCGCGACGUCAAGUCCCGGCCGAAAACGCGCUCGGUUCCAGUUCUGCAAAAAUAUCCGCUACAGUUCCGACAGGCACCUCGAUGUUGGUGUGUUUUAAAAUUUUAUACAAAAAUCUUGAGGGGGGGGGGGGGGGACCCAAAUACCGACGGAGGAACUGCAGUGAUCCACCGGAAAAAUGGCACCAAUACCCACAGCUCACUUCCAUUGAAAAAGUAGGAUUAUUUAUGAAAAUAAAUGUCUUAAGAUAAAAAAUGCAUAUACAAUAGCCAAGACAUACCGUUAACCUUUAUAGCAAUCCCCAGGACUUAUAUCUGACCGAUUUGCCUUUCCGGAGAGAAAUGUGCCAAUAAACACCAGGUUCUGUAUUUUGAAGUCUCUAAAAAAGCAAUUGCAGCUCAUUUGUAAUCGUGUAUUCCUGAACUGCUCUCUAUAAUUUAGGUCACAUGACUAGUGUAAUUAUUUUAACGUCCAUUACAUUUUUAUGCUAACGCCUGCAGUUUGGUUAACGACAUCCACAGCAAGCAAUGUAGAGGACUGAUAUUUGACUGUGCAUCAAAGUUCACAUUUUAUUUAAAAAUAAAAAGCAGGGUGUGUGCGUAUCAGAAGCACAAAGUAUUUCAACAUUUAACAUUUUAUUUUAAUAAGCCAGCCUAAAACUUCAAAGCAAAAUAUAAUCAGAAGGCUUUCCCUGCUGUAGUAUUGCCUGUUAUGCAGACGGUCACAGAUAAUGUGUCAUUUCUGAUUUUAUCGUGAAUUUAAUUUCACAAAAUGGCUGACAAGCGAAGACCCCCGUGUUAAGUGAUGGAUAUAUUGCUUUUCCGAAGGCAAAUAAUCAUGCGCAUCAAGUGACAUAAUAGUAAUAAUAAACCACAGCAAUAAAGAGUUCAGUUAGGAGAAGAGUGGAGGGCAGCACUGGCAAAGGCCUCUGACACGUUGGGUCAUUCAUGGUCAUGCCACAGUAAGAAACUGGGUGUCACUGUCGGCCAUUCCGGCUCAAGCUCCACCUGACACGCCAUGUUUGUGGGGACUGUACGAAAAAGCAUUGACCCUCAACGUGAAAAAGGCUUUCACCUUCUAUUUAAGAUUGUAAUUUAUUUAUGGUUAAAAAUGCUGUUAAACUAAUAUGGGUUUCCUCUGUCAGUGAGAACGAGCUGAACUUUACACUGUUGAUGCUUUGUGGCCAACACUAGUCACUAUUUAUUUUAUUCUUAAGUUUAAGCUACAAUUAUUUAUUUACAAUGUGUUUGCUUUUAUCUCUGGAAUGCAUUAAAAAAAAAAAAAAAAAAAAAAUUAGAAUAUUAAAGGGAGUGACAAAACAUUUUUUUUAUUGUAGGGAUGUGUGGUUAUGGGGUGGAGCAAUAUUGUAUAAGUACUGUACACAAUUGUAGAUACUGAAGUCUACGCUGUAUACAGUUUGAGUACGCAGUUAAAUCAUUAAUCUGUGCCAGUCUUAAAAUAGUGCAGUAAGUAUUUUUUGACUAUCCGCUGUGAGGAACAGUUAGGGUAUGAGAAUACUUGCGUAGCGGCAUGGAUCUUUAUUUUUACAUUAAAAACAACUAUCAUGCAGUGGUCAAACUGCCUGUAUGUCUGUAGAUAAUGUAAAAUGGACAGACCUGAUGGAACUUGAAGGAAUUCAUAUUGAUUAUGAUUACAAAUAUACGGUUUAAAGGUACUGCUGCGUUUAUUUGGGUAUUCCCACUCUGACCGAGAUAUAGCUUUGCCCCGAUGGCUCAUAUUGAAUAUGUUUUUGUAUGCAGUUAUUGUGUAACGACAGUCAUGUUCAGUGUGGGAAUUCCAAAAGCACAGACCUCGUGUUUCAGCUUCAUAAAACCACAUUAUCGCCUGUGUGCAAUGUGCAUUUGUAUCAUACGAGUGUGUUGUGGGGAAAAAUAAAUCUGUACAAACUUUA